AUGGACCCGGAAAAGGCAGCACAGACAUCCCACCGCCACCACCCCGGGGUCAACGACGACUACAACGACACGGCCACCACACACUCGUCGUACAUCGCCCCAGAGGAGCCAGACUACAGCAGCUAUGCCUACCCCGUCCCGGACAAGGCUGACUCGGCAGCGCACAACGGCACCGCCGCCUUCGGCAACGACCUGAUCCCCUCCGUCUCCAACGCCGUGGCCAACGCCGGCGGGAACACUUACACCAACCUCGGCCACAGCGCCGCCGACGCCAAGGACGGCGACUUCAUCAACCACGUGCCCUCGGCGGCGACCACCGCCGCCGCGGAGGAGGAGACGUACCCCGAGGGCGGCCUGCGCGCGUGGUCCGUCGUGCUCGGCUCAUGGCUCGCGCUCUUCUCGGCGCUCGGCAUCAUGAACAGCAUCGCCGUGUUCCAGACGUACGUCGCCACGCACCAGCUGCAGGGCUACCGCGAGGGCACCAUCGGCUGGAUCUUUUCCGUGUACACGUUCCUCUGCUUCUUCGGCGGCAUCUACAUCGGCCCCGUGUUCGACCGCUGGGGUCCGCGCUGGCUCGUCCUCUCCGGCACGGUGUGUCUCGUCAUCGGGGUGAUGCUGCUCAGCAUCUGCACGCUCUACUGGCACUUCAUGCUCGCCUUUGGCAUCCUCUGCGGCCUGGGAUCCUCCCUCGUCUUCACGCCGUCCAUCGCCGCCGUCGGGCACUGGUUCAAGCGCCGCCGCGGCUUCGCCACCGGCAUGGCCUCCACGGGCGGCUCCAUCGGCGGCAUCGUCUUCCCGCUCAUGAUGCAGUCCCUCUUCCCGCGCCUCGGCUGGGGCUGGACCAUCCGCGCCGUCGGCUUCAUCUGCCUUGCCCUCUGCGGCGCCUCCAACUUCCUCAUCCGCUCCCGCCUCCCGCCGCCCCGCAACGCCUCCCCGCACCCGGACCCGCGCAUCUUCCGCUCCGCCGCCUUCAGCCUCACCACCGCCGGCAUCUUCCUCAUGGAGUUCGCCCUCUUCAUCCCGCUAACGUACAUCUCCUCCUACGCCCUCAGCCGCGGCUUCAGCGAGUCCUUCGCCUUCCAGAUCCUGCCCAUCCUCAACGCCGGCAGCGUCCUCGGCCGCGCCCUGCCCGGCUGGUGGGCCGACGUCGCGGGCCCGUUCAACAGCAAUCUCGCCGCCAUCGUCGUGUCCGUCGUAGCCUGCCUGGCUGUGUGGCUGCCAGCGGGCGGUAGCGCGGCGGGCGUGAUCGUGUUCGCGGUGCUUUUCGGCUUCGCGAGCGGGAAUAAUAUCAGCAUCUCGCCCGUGUGCGUCGGGCGGCUGUGCAAGACGCAGCACUACGGGCGGUACUACUCGACGACGUACACGUGCGUGUCGGUGGCUUGUCUGGUGGGCAUCCCCAUCGGCGGCGAGCUGAUUACAGCCGCGGGCGGGGAGUACUGGGGCCUCAUCGUGUUUACCGGUAUUGUGUACGUGUUGGCCUUUGCGGCGCUGCUUGCUGCCAAGAUUGUGUGUGUUGGGAAGAAUGUUUUUGCUGUUUUUUAA